CUCACAAACUCUCUUUGAGCUUCACACUUUUCCCUUUUCUAUUUUUCCCCUUAGAUUAAAUUGCUUUUUAAUACCCUUUAUUUUUAAAUAUAUUUUAACAAAAUGGGUAGUGGAUGUUCGCCGUGCGCUUCAUGCAAGUUGCUCAGGCGGCGGUGUGCCAAAGACUGCAUAUUCGCGCCUUAUUUCCCAUCCGAUGACCCUCACAAGUUCGCCAUUGUUCACAAGGUUUUCGGAGCUAGCAAUGUUAGCAAAAUGUUGCAGGAGCUUCCGGUGCACCAGCGUGGGGACGCGGUCAGCAGCCUUGUUUACGAGGCCAACGCUCGGGCGCGGGACCCAGUCUACGGGUGCGUGGGAGCAAUCACCUACCUGCAGGACCAGGUGGCCCAGCUGCAGAUGCAGCUGGCAGUGGCUCAGGCGGAGAUCCUCUGCAUCCAGAUGCACCAGGACCAGCUGGACCAGGACCAGCCGCCGGUGUACCUACACCAGAGCCCUACUAGCGUCGGUGCCCACCACCCGUUCAACCUGCUGGUGCACGGGGAUCAGGCGGGCGCGUGUACGGACGAUAAUUAUAACAACAACAAAUCGUUCUUGAUACAGAAUAAUCAGCUGCUUAAUUUCGGUGCUUCGAGUGGCAAUCAUGUAAUUUAUCAGGACCAGUCGUUCAAGAAGGAGGCGAUUUAUGGGCAUGACAUGGUUUCUUGAUGAGUUUUAGUUUGUUUGUUUUUAGGGAUUGUGGUUUGGUUUGUAAUAAACUUUGGGCUUUAAUUUGAUCAAGUGCUAACAAGUUUUAU